CGCAGGGGCUUGAGUUCAGCCAGAAAAGUCAGGCAACUUUUCAGGAGCCUGAGCGAGGGGAAGUGAGGUCUCCCGGCCUGGCCAGGGUUCAGCCCCCGGGAGCAGCACAGCCCUCAGCCCCACCCCUCGCUGUACCCUGUCUGUAACUCCAGACUUUGACCCUGAGCUCCAGUGCGGCUGGUGGGCAGAGGGCUGAGGACAGGACGCGCCAGAAUCAGGAGGCUCCCCUCCGGAGAUAGGACCCUGCGUCCUUUGUAGCUGCCUCUUUUCUGCAGCAGUUUGGCACGCCAGAAGAAGAAGUUGAGGCUCAUGAAGCAUCUUGACCAAGGUCAACGGCCAGUAGGAGGCAGAGGUGGCACGAUGCGCGUAGUGGUGAUCGGAGCAGGGGUCAUUGGGCUGUCCACAGCCCUCUGCAUCCACGACCGCUACCAGCCAGUGCUGCAGUCGCUGGAUGUGAGGGUCUACGCAGACCGCUUCACCCCGCUCACCAACACCGACGUGGCUGCCGGCCUCUGGCAGCCCUACCUCUCCAACCCCAGCAACCCGCAGGAGACGCAUUGGAACCAGCAGACCUUUGACUAUCUCCUGAGCCACCUCCAUUCUCCCAACGCUGCAGACAUGGGCCUGGCCCUGAUCUCAGGCUACAACCUCUUCCAUGAAGCUGUUCCGGACCCUUCCUGGAAGGACAUAGUUCUGGGAUUUCGGAAGCUGACCCCCAGAGAGCUGGACAUGUUCCCUGAUUAUAGCUAUGGCUGGUUCAACACGAGCCUGAUCCUGGAGGGCAAGCGGUAUCUGCAGUGGCUGACUGAGAGGUUAACUGAGCGGGGAGUGAAAUUCUCCCAGAGGAAGGUGGAGUCUUUGGAGGAGGUGGCAAGAGGAGGCGCAGACGUGAUUAUCAACUGCACCGGGGUGCGGGCCGGGGAGCUGCAACCAGACCCCAUGCUGCAGCCCGGCCGGGGGCAGAUCAUUAAGGUGGAUGCCCCCUGGAUGAAGCACUUCAUUGUCACCCACGACCCAGAGAGAGGCAUCUACAGGUCCCCAUACAUCAUCCCAGGGAUCCGGGAAGUGACUCUUGGAGGCAUCUUCCAGCUGGGGAACUGGAGUGAAGUAAACAAUAUCCAGGACCACAAGAGCAUUUGGGAAGGCUGCUGCAGACUGGAGCCCACACUGAAGAAGGCAGAAAUUGUUAGUGAAUGCACUGGCUUCCGACCAGUACGCCCCCAGGUUCGGCUAGAGAGAGAACGGCUUCGCUUUGGACCGUCCAACACAGAGCUCAUCCACAACUAUGGCCAUGGAGGCUAUGGGCUCACCAUCCACUGGGGCUGUGCCCUGGAGGCAGCCAAGCUCUUUGGGGAAGUCCUGGAAGAAAGGAAGUUGCUCAGGAUGCCACCAUCCCACCUCUGAAGACAUCAGUGGCCACAGCCUCCCGGACAAGGACUCCUCCCGCUGCCCUGGGCCAGCUGAUCAGUGUGCUCCUCUCUCAGCCAUCACUCACUGCCCCACCUCCCGCAGCCACUCAUUUCCAUUAAAAGCACGAGAUGGGGGGCCA